AUGGCCUAUUUGGAAACGAAAGGACAUGAGACAGAAAGAUUGAGAACGGAAAGUGAUGUAUGGAUAGAAAACGAGAUGUUAAAUGACAAGGAGAAAGAAGAAUUUGGAAAACAGGAAAUACAAGAACAAAUGAAAGAAUUGGAAAAAAAGUAUGAGAUAAAAAACCUGAGAAUAGAAAGUGAUAAUAGGCGAGUACAAGAGAUGGUAUAUGAAUAUGACUUGGAGAAAAUCGAAUAUGAAAUACAGGACACAGAGGAACAAAUGAAGGAAUUGGAAACAAAAGGACACGAGGAAGAAAACUUACGGAUAGAAAGUGAUGAAAGGAACGGACAGAAUGUGGAAAAACAGAUGGUAAAUGAAUAUGAAAUGGGGAGAGGCUUAUGGGAAGACCAUGAAACAGUGAAACAAAUAAAAAAAACUGGAAACAAAAGAACACAGAAUAGAGAAGCAGGAAAGAAAACAACAGAUAGAAAGCCUAAUAAUAGAAAACGAUGA